UAAUCAAAACAAUUUUGGUACAUUAACGUUUUUAAAAAAUCUAUACUUCCACAAAACUAUCACCAAGUCUAAAAUUAGAGCUGGUGUAAAAGUUAUAUAUAAUUAUUUAUAUUUAAUCACCACUAUAAUUCAAUUAAAUUUCUAAAUGGCAAGCAAUCCGUAUGUUAAAUCUCUAAUCUGGUUAGUUUGUUCAGGCGGCGUUGGCUACGGGCUUAUGUUGCUUACCGAACCAUCUGAGGAGAAACUAGAGCGCAUAAAAGCCACGGGAGGUCCAGCACAUCUAACCAACGAAGAACUUAAAAAGUUACAGUUUAUGCAACGUAUGCGCGAGGCGGCCACUGGUGAAGCACCGCCAAUUUACAUGCAGAAAAAGGAAAAGUAAACACAAAAUCAGCACC